AUGGAACCCGUAGAGAAUCCCCACAAGAGCGCGCCGGUGAUUCGUGGGGGAUCUGACGGUCGGCAGCGACUAGCGCCUGUGGUUCGCCGAGCAUCUUUUCCUGACGAUCUCGUGGCCGCGGGCGAUCCUAACUUCACGUGGCGCGGAGACUCCGGCGGCGAAGCGCAUCCGCGAGCGGCGUAUUCGUCUCGCCACUCCGUCGGACCUGCUAACGAUGCGCUGCUUGUACCUGCUGCUGCGAGCUUGAAUCUUUCUCUCGGUCCUCCCCGCGCCGCGCUUUUGCCGUCCUCGAGGCAGCGAGGUCGCGACACCGUCGUCGAGAGCCUUCCCGCCGUCGCCAUGGACGUCGCGGACGCUGCGGCGCCUGCGACGGCGCAUCACGAUGCUCAGACCGGUGACGGGAAUCUGACGGUUCGCACCUUCACGUUCCCUCUUCCCGCUGACGAAUCAGCCUCGCCUCGUCCGGGUUUCAAGCGAGGCCGAGGGCGCCCCGACGACGAUGACGACGACGACGACGACGACGAGGUCCAAGGGCGGGAGCGACCGUCGCGGUCUUCCCCCUCGCCCUCCAGUGCGGGUCGCGGGGGACUGAGCGCGAAGUCCGCAGGUCAGCGAAGCGGCGGCAGCGGCAAGAGCAGCGAGGGCCCGUCCCGCGGUAAGUUGUCAGGACGACGUGGCGAGGCGGCGGAUGCUGCAUUGCCGACCGAGAUCAGGCGAGUCGCUAGUGGCGCUCGCCUCGCUGCUCCGUCCCCCGUGUCACAGGCUCGUGCCGACCUCGACCGCCAAGGGCUCUCCGCCGCCACCGCGAGCAGCGCUGCGGCGGCAGCUCCCGCCACAACUGUGGCUGCAUCGGGGGGGUGGAACGGUCCCGACGGCUCGAGCUUGCUCAUGCACAGGCGGCUUCCGCCCGUCGCUGAUGUGGGGACGGGCUUGGGCGCACCGGGUGGCGAUGGGAGGGGGCCCGGUGCCCUGGAGGCGGAGGAGGAGCAGCGGGGGGGCGCAGCGGACGCGGCAGGCGGAGGGGAGCACGGGUGGCAGUGGCACACGCGGCUGCGGCGAGCGCGCACGGAGGGGCGGCUGCUGGGGGAGGUGUCGUCGCACAACAGCAACACGUUCGGCGCGAGCGACGAGCGCAUGGCGGGGCCGCUGGGCUUGGCGCGCCUGGAGUGGCACGGGCUGCUCGCCGCUGGCUCUAGCGCCAGGCUCGGCGGUGCUGACGACCGCGUUGCCGCCUUGCUGAGGGGCGCGGGGGGAAACACCAUGGACAGUGGCAAUGCUGGUGGCGAGACAGGGGCGAAGCGCGGAGCAACGUUUCUCACUCCUCGCACGGAGAGUGGCGGGCCUGGGUGGCAAUUAGCCCAGCGGCAGCAGCAGCAGCAAAUUAGCGCAGCCGCGCUCGUUUCCGCUGCAGCUGCUGGCAUUGCAGCGUCAACCCAACAACGACAGAUGGCACAAGAGCUGGCGGAGGCACCGCCAGGGGCGCAACCGAGUCCCCCUGUGCUGCCGCGGGUGCCGGGCCAGCAUCUAAGCGGGGGCGCGGUGCUGUCUCCGCACGGGCUGCCUCCUCGCCGCGUGUCCAGCUUUGACUUCUCGCUCGUCAGCCACAAAGUGCCCCCACCUCUCCCCCGCGCUGCAUCAUACCGCGACGCACCCCCGGCCCCCACCACUGCCGCAGCAGCUGUAGCGGAGGGGAGGGCGGGCGGAGGUGGAUAUGGCAGCGGCGCUGCAGACGUGGGAGGACGGCGCGGGUCUGAAACUGUGGGUGGGGGCGGGGCGGGCGUGGGUCGAGGUGCAAGGGCUGGGGGUGGGGGUGGGUCGACGACAACAGGGGCUGGCGGGGCUGUGGCGGGUGGGGGAAGCAAGGGGCGGUUGUGGUGUGGCGAGGAGGGGUACAAGUGCAAGGACUGCGGCAUGCGCUUCACCAACGCACAGGCGCUGGGCGGCCACAUGACCGCACACACCAAGCGCCGCCGCUCCAACUUCGCGAGCUACAGCUUCAGCGACAUGGGGUCCGGUGGCAGCAGCGCGUUCACCAUGGCAGGUCCCACUGCCAUCGCCCCUCCUCCCACUGUGCCUGCUGCCACGCCCCUCGGCAUCACUGCACCCCCUGUCGCCAUCCCUUCAGGGGCGCCCCUUACGCACGCUGCUUCUGCUGCAGCGGCUGCCUACUUGGCCAGCGCAGGCGCAGGAGCAGCGGCCAUUGCGGGAGCAGUGCCAUCCCCUCACGCACAUGCAGCGGCAACGCUAGCAGAGCCUGUCCUAGGAUCGCUGCUUGGCCUGGGGCUGGGUGGUGCAGGCAGCACGGGUGUGACACGGGGGGGCCACAGCUUGCAGGAGCAGAGGAGUGCAGCCGCACGACAGCAGAUGGUUGGCGGGGGGAGGGCAGACCUGGGGUCAGGCAUUGGUGUGGGCAGCAGUAGAGAGACAGUGGGCAGAGGGUUUGAGGCGAGGGGUGGUCGAGGCGAUGGCGGGGAGGAGGUGGAGUGGGGCGCGGUGGCAUUGCAGCGACAGCAACUGGUGCAGGCAUCGGAGAGCAGCCAACCCACCGUGCACUUCAAAUCAGACCCGUCGGACCUGUCAGCACCAGAGCUGGUGUCAGCGAGAGCAUGGUCGCAGCUGGAGAGGUCCAGCGGAGGGGCAUCCACUCCCCUUGCGGGGGGGCUAUCUCCGUUUGCGCAUGCUCUAGCGGCCACAGCUGUCCCUGGUGCAGAUGGCCCCCUCUCCUCCGCUGCUGCUGCAGCUGUUGCAAAUGCGCACUGGACUUCCUUCAACUCAGGCGAGGGCAUGUCGGAGUGGUCGCCUCUGCUCAACGGUCCUCCGGGGACCACGUCCUUCUGCGUCACUUUGGAGGACGCGUCGGGUCGCGAGGUGUCGCCAUGGCACGACGUGCCGUUGCAUUCCACCUCGGGCGGCUUCCACCUCGUUUGCACCACGCCCAAGGGGACUCAAGUAGACUGCCACGUGGCUGUUCAGGAGAGGCUCGCGCCGCUGCGCCAUCGCGUGCGAGCAGCCACUGCAGCGGCGGGGGGCGGGUGGCAGCUGGUGCAAUUCAACGAGCCGGUCCCCUGGAAUUGCGGCGUGCUGCCGCAGACGUGGUCGGACGGCGCGCAGCGGUGCGCGGAGUUUGGAAACCUGCCGUUCGACGACAGCCCUAUAGAAAUGGUGGAGAUCGGGCGGCGCGUGCGGUCAGUGGGCGAGGUGUACUCCGUGGGGGCUCUCGCGGUGUUCGCGCUGGUGGACCCGCGCGGGCUGCGGCUGUCGUGGAAGGUGGUGGGCAUAGCGCUGGACGACGAUAGCGGCGUGGUGGACUCGCAGAACGGCUCGCUGCACAUCCUGCUCGACUCCAUCCAGGAGUGGCUGCACUCCUGCCGCGCCAUCCGAGGCGAGCGCGGGCGCGUGUUGCGGCUGAAGGAGGGCGUGGCGGACAAGGACAAGGUGCUCGAGAUCGUCGCGCACGCGCACGCCGCGUGGCAGCUGCUGCGCGCGGAGCGGCAGGCGGCGCUGAACCCGCGCAUGACGAUGCUGGGGCUGGACGACGGCGACCUGAGCGAGGAGGAGGAGCUUGCGCGCGCCACCACGGGCGGGGGCAUGCUGGCGGGCAAGGUGGGGCUGGGGCCCCCUGUCCGCAUCUUCGGCGAGUCGUACGCGUCUGACAUCGGCGGCCGCCGCACGAGCCGCUCGUCCGAGCGCGGCAAUGUGCGCACGCUGGGCGCGCCGGUGUUCGGCAGCAGCUUGCUGACGGAGUCGUGGGACAGCGAGGAGGAGAAGAGCCACUCGCGCCAGCAGUCGCUCGAGGACGACUGGGACGCGCCCGCCAAUUCCAAGAAACCCGCCGCGGACGGAAAUUUCGGGGGAAGCGGAGGGGGUAUUUGGGGCGGAAGUGGUGGCGCUCGGGGCGGCGGCGGGAUUUGGGGAGGUGCGGCGUCGACGGGGGGAGGUCGAGGAGCUGGGGGGAUGUGGGGAGGGGGGUCGUGGCAGGAGCGGGAGAAGGUAAGUGCGCCAGGGUUCAGCGACGGCGCGGAUCGCGCGCUUGUGCGCGCCAGCUCGUCGGCGGAAACGUCGCGCAGCCCGUGGCGGGUGGACGAAGGGGGCGGGGGCUACCUGGACGACGACGACGGCGGGCCGGGCGGGGGGAGAGUCGGCGGAGGAGCGGCCGUGGCUGCGGCCGGGGCAGGGGGAGUGAGCUCCCCUUCGGGCCCGCGGAGUGGGGAGGAUUGGGGCGAGGAGGAGCGGAUGGGGGACGGCGGGAAGAAGGGGUUGCGGCAGAAGAUCAUGGGGAAGCUGAAGCGCACGGCGCACAGCUGGAAGGAGGGCCUCACCAGCGGCACCGACGAGCGCGACGGGCUGCGGGGCCGCGUGGGGUCGGGCGAGCUGAGCAUGUCGCCGCGCGCGCAGGCUGCGCACGACGCGUACGUGCAGCAGCACACGGAUGGCGACGACGAGCAGCCGCCGCAGCAGCACGCGCAGGGCGGCACGUACGGGCAUGGGCAGCAGCAGCAGCAGCAGCAGGGGGGAGGCAGAGCCAAGGGCGGAUGGCGUCCCUUCGCGGGGGGAGGGCUGCAGGCGGACGACCUCUCCGCCUCGCAACGCCACGGCCGCUCCAAGUCGUUCAUUACCGGGGGGCCUGGGGGAGGACAGGGGGGGCCUCGCGGAAGCGGAGCGGUGGACAGCGCAGGGGCAGGUGCAGGGGCGGCGAGUGGGGCGGGCUGUUCGCAAGGGUCGUUAGAAGGGGGGUCCGGGGGGCGCGGGGCUGGCGAGGGUAACGCGGGCAGCAGCGGGGGCACGCCUGGUGCGGGUCAGAACGGGCCUCGUAACCGACCCAUGUGGUUACCAGGCGGCUCCAAGCUGCCGUUAUUGAAUCGCCCAGUGUCGUCGUCGGGUCGCCUGGGUCGCAGCCCGUCCGUGGGCUUCCCUUCCUCGGCCACCCCCAAGGCGGCAGACGCAGCGGGCGUGGGCGCGGAGCUAGAUGCCUUUGACGCGCACUGCCGCGCCAAGCCCGCGCCUUUCUCUCCCCUCACCCCCUCCGCGUCCCUUUCGCCCCUUGCUAAUGGCAUUUCCGCUUCCAGCCUUCCCCCCCUGAGCCCCGCCCUUGGCUCUUCCCCCUCCAUCUCGCUGGGCGCGCGGGAGCUCUCCCGCACGCCCUCCGCGGACAGUCGCCACCUGCAGACCACGGCGCUCAGCCCGCUCGCCAGCCCCACCGCAGUGGGCGCAGGCGUGGGAUCCCGCGGGCGGGGCGCGAUGGCCGGCGCUGGCCGGGGCUCCGCGAUUCCGUCGCUCGUCGACAGCCCCUCCGCCAUCGGCGGUAGCCCCCUGGGGUCCCCGCGCGCGCCCACGCUCUCGGGGCCUCCCCCCCUCCACCGCGAUCUCUCCGCCCCAUCCGACCUGCUUUCCAGCCCCAGUGGGUCGCAGGGCGGCAGCUGGCCUCCCCCUGUUCCGCGCGCGGACAAGAGUGGCGGCCAGCCCGAGCGGGAUGGCUCCGCGGGGAGCAAAGCAUCUCCCCAGGUGCGCGCGCUCUCCCCGCUUAAAGACCAGGGGGGCCUGGCUCCCGGGGUUAUAGCUGUGAGUGGCGGCGGCGGAGCGGGGCCGACCCCUCCGAAAACAGGCGGAACAAUGCGCGGAAAGAGCUCCCUGCGCUGGCGGCGGCCGGGCACUGCGCCCUCGGGGGGCGAGAACGAUGCGCAGCUGCAAGCAGAGGGGGGAAGGGCAGGGGGGGCACGGCUGCGAAGCGGGGAGAUGGAGGGCAGCGGGGAUGGGGGGGGACGUGGUAGCGGUGACGAGGAUUGGGCGCGGGCGGGCGCGGAGGAAUGGGAGGGCGACGAAACGCGGGUGAGUGAGAGGCGCAACGGGGAGGACGGCGCUGUGAUUCCGCGCACUGUGUCCUCAAGCCCGCGGGGCGUGCACACCGGUGCAGGGGGCAGGCACGGGGGCAAAUGGAAAGACGGAGGUGGAGAUGGGAGGGGAGAUGGGGGGCCACGGGCGGAAGCAGGGGGCGGGCGCGCAGUGUACACGGGCAGUCUGCGCACGCGGUCGGACAUGACGGGCAUCAUGGCAUCGUUCGACCCACUGGACGCGGAGCACAGCCGCGCGGGCAAGCACCCGCCCGCGCUGCAGGGCGCCGCAAAUGGCGGGGGCAGGCCGCAGGUGGUAGUCGAGCGAGCGAGGGCAGACGCGGCAGGAUGGGACAGGGGGGCGCAGAGAAGCAGUGAGGCGGAGUUGGGGAAGGGGGAGAGGGGCAGGGCGGAGGGGCGAUGGCGACACAUGUCAUGGCAGGCCGAGCCUGGUGGCCGCGACGAGUGGACUGGCGACGGCGGUGAGAGGGGCCGGGGGAAUGAGAAGCAGCAGCAGCAGCGACGGGCAGAGGAGAGGGGGGCGGCGAGAAGGGGUGGUUUCAAGCGAGGAGGAGUACAGCAGUGGAGAGGGGGGGGCGGGCGCCAGGGUGUGGCACCAGCAGCAGCCGCCGCCGCCGCCGCAGCAGCAGCAGCAGCAGCAGCAGCAGCAGCAGCAGCAGCAGCAGCAGCAGCAGCAGCAGCAGCAGCAGCAGCAGCAGCAGCAGCAGCAGCAGCAGCAGCAGCAGCAGCAGCAGCAGCAGCAGCAGCAGCAGCAGCAGCAGCAAUGGCAAGUACGGGAGGAUGUGAGGGGGCGGGGUGA